UGUUAAAAUUGAUCGAGUUAAAAGUAUGAAGUUCUUGAGAUUGCCGCCUCUACCAACCGUGCGUGAUUUAGUCAAAUUGUAUCGCCUAAACGCUGUGAAACAACUAUCUCAGAAUUUUCUGAUGGAUGAGAGGAUGAUUGCAAAGAUGGUUAAGAAGGCUGGAAGACUAAAACACUCGCACGUUUUGGAAGUAGGACCUGGUCCAGGAGGAAUUACUAGGGCAAUUCUAAGAAAAAUGCCAGAGAGAGUUAUUGUAAUUGAGAAAGACAGAAGGUUUAAACCAUUUCUAGAAAUGCUGGCUGAUGCUUUUGCAACUGUUGACGGUAAAAUGGAAGUUAUUUACGAUGACAUUAUGAGAAUAAAUAUGAAUAACGUUUUUCCCAAAGAAGAAAAGAGAAGCUGGGAGGAAGGUUGUCCAAAAGUUCAUCUAAUAGGAAACUUACCAUUCAAUGUUUCGACUCCUCUUAUUAUUCUAUGGCUACACGCUAUAUCAGAAAGACGAGGACCGUGGAGUAUGGGGAGAACGAAAAUGACUUUAACCUUUCAAAAAGAAGUGGCGGAGCGAUUGGUUGCUGACGUUACGGAAGAUCAGCGUUGUCGGUUGUCUGUAAUGGCUCAGGCUUGGACGCAUCCGCAAUUGCAAUUUAUUAUACCUGGUAAAGCUUUUGUACCUCAACCCGAUGUUGAUGUGGGAGUAGUUACCUUUACACCAUUGGUUAAGCCUCGCACAAAGCACAACUUUAAAUUGUUUGAGAAGAUCACACGUCACGUUUUUUCUUUCCGUCAGAAGUACAACAUAAAAUGCGUUGCAACACUCUUUCCUCCAGAACUGCGAGAGCAAUUAUCAUUGAUGAUGUUUAGAUUGUGCAAUUUACAGCCAAAUAUGAUUUCAACUCAACUUUCUGUCGACGAUAUCGACAAGUUGUGCUCUGCCUAUCUAUAUCUUUGCGAUAAACAUCCAGAAAUCACGACGUAUAAUUACAGAGCGUCCCGUAAAAUACUACCAGUGAACAUGACACAGAAUGUAGAAAUAGAAGCAUGUAUAUGAGAUACAUCUAUAAUUCACAUACCUUUUACAUUAAAAAAUUUACGAAUUCAAAUUGAGAAAAAUAACUUGUCAUUUUAUGAAAUUUUAGGCUUUCAAAAAACAUUAUAGCCAAUUACAGUUUGGCGCAAUUUCCUAAACCUUAAAUUACAGAACUCGCUACGUUUAUAGCGGUCAGUCACUGUAGAGUAAUUGAAUGCUUUAAAAGAAAUCUCUUUUUAAAGUAAAUACUGUUAUUAAAAUCGGCAUACUCAUUAUUUUUGUUGAAUUGUGUCUUUAUGAGUAGUAACUUUUCCAAAAGUUCAGAAAAAUGUUUAACAUUUUAUUUAAAACAAAAAGAUGUUACAAUAUACAUAAGUGUACCAUUAAGAGGCUAAUUAUUCAUUUGGCAGUAUUGUUAUCAUCCAUUUUUGAAAUAUUUUAAGUAUGUAUGCACAGUACUACCAAUGGUUCGAAAAUAUUGCUGGACCCUGAGAGCAUUUUUUGCAUUGACACUUCUGCUUCGAUUCCCGAAAUUAGUUGCAAAACUCUAAAGCACCGAUUGAUAUCACAGCUUCUUAUCAUUUUUGGAAGAGAACAAGUUUUAAAUAAUCUUAUAGCUAAGUAAUAUAUUCCAUUUUUAAGGACAAAUAUUUAAAAAUCUUUUAGGAUUCAAAGUAGGGGAAGUGGGUCUAAAACGGACAGUUCAGAAUAGAAAAGAAGAUUACUUUUGAUUAUUAAAUAUUAGUUAACAAGAAAUUAUGUUACAGGUAAAACUUUUAUAUAUUCUAAAUAUUUAAAACGCUAAAAGUCAUAAGUAAACCAUUUAAAUAAGUAUACACGUCUUAACCACACAUGUAGUUAAAAUGGCAAAGUGAAUUAAAUGAUUAUAAACUGUCUUAUUUUCCAAAAAACUUUGUUAGUAAAGUUGUAAAAUAAUUCCUAACAGUGUUUUAUGUAUGAGGAUAACUUUUUUGUAUCAGAAAUAUGAUAUAAUAACAUUUUAUAAAGUAAAAGUUUCACCUCAUUAUUAGUACGCAAUAUUAAUAUAAAUGAACGGCACAUAUUCAGACAUUUAUCAAGAGUUUUAUAUAAGCAAACGUAAUAAUUUUGCACUUUCACUUCUUCUUUUGUAUUUCGUCUUUUUUUUAAUGAAUUACGGUUUAAAAUAAAUAAAUACUGAGUUUUGCUACUAGCGUAUGUCAUCAUAAGUUGGCGGAACGAAAACAGAGCCAUUUAUCAUUUAUCAUAAUCUUGGAUUCAAGGUCUAACCUUAAAAUAAAUUUGUUUAUGUAAUGCGCAUGAAAUAUUACUACACUGUUAAUAUUGUGUUAGAAGUGUUAUAAUUUGUAGGAAAAUUGGGUUAAACAUUAAAAGUGUGAGUCAAGUGUAAAUCGAAAGAUUCGCUUGACAAUUACAAUAAGUGAAAGUAAAAAAAAUUAUACUUCAAGUAAGUUUACACUCUGCAUGAGAGCUGACUGAUUGUAUUUUUCACCAUCGCAUUGCCUGAUCGGUUCGUCGCACCACGCCAUGCGGCGGUGCACAGGGGUUGGCCGUUUUAACCACACAACCGACUGGCGAUUUUGGGUGACAGUACUUCUAUGUUUUGUUUAUUUUUACUUAACAUAUUUAUUAUUUUACAUUUAUUAAUUACUGAUGUAACGGCUUAGUACGUUAAGUAUGAAUUGCCAUAAACAACAAUAAAAAUAGUACAAGGGAAUCUACAUAAUAUGAUGCCUAAAUUUCAAUAAAGAAUGUUAACACAAUCAAGCUUAAAAC